CUGUCCGAAGCCAUUUGUCAUGAGCGCUAUGUCAGGAACACUGUGAGGUUACAAUGUGUGGUCCAGAUUUAUCACGAGAAAAGGCUAUUUCUGAAGAGAAUUUAAUAAACGAUGACUAUGACGACGAAGGCAUAAUUCAACGGGUUGAGUGGAAAAGCUAGUUUCAUUGUUCAGACGGUGGACGCCAUGAAUUCAACUUUGGGAUUUAUAUUGUCACCCUUGCAGCACGUCAUUCUACUUGGUCUUUUAGUAUUUCUGGAGUUCCGUAUAGUUUUGGAAGGGAAUAUGGAAUCUAUACCAAUAUUGGUUUUCUGGGGAGUAUUCGAAUUUAUCAUCUGUUGGAAAGGGCAGUGCCUUGAGAAUGCGAGUUUAUCACUGGAAAGGGACGUUUAUGAGUUUCCUUGGUAUGAUUUGGAUAGAUCUUCUACGAGUCUAUUCAAGAUAUUUUUCAAACAAGUUCAAAAAACACUGAAGCUUAAAUCUCCCCCUUUCAUCGUUUUGAAUAUGCAAUACUAUCAUGAGGUCAUGAAAGGAACGUACUCAUUUUUGAUGUAUCUGAGGCGGUUCUGAACGAGAUGGAAAUCACAAAACACAAUUAUAAGUCUUUCAAAAAUUAAAUUUUGCAAGACAAUCAUUUUACUCGGAUUCUGAUAUUUUCUCAAAAUCUUUCUAUGGUUGGAUAUCAUCGAAAUAUCCAAUUUCCAGUUGUUGUGAGAUGAAUAAUAGUUCAAAGUAGUGUGUAAUAACAGCAUAAUUCUGACAUCAUACUUUUUAUA